ACACACACACUGUCAUGUCUACACCCUCACACACAUGUCCACACACACACACCGCCAGUCAUGUCUACACCCUCACACACCACAUGUCCACACACACACACCCACAGUCAUGUCUACACCCUCACACACCACAUGUCCACACACAUACACUGUCAUGUCUACACCCUCACACACAUGUCCACACACACACACCCACAGUCAUGUCUAUACCCUCACAUACCACAUGUCCACACACACACACUGUCAUGUCUACACCCUCACACACAACAUGUCCACACACACACACCCACAGUCAUGUCUACACCCUCACACACCACAUGUCCACACACAAACACCCACAGUCAUGUCUACACCCUCACACACCACAUGUCCACACACACACACCCACAGUCAUGUCUACACACUCACAGACAUGUCCACACACACACACCCCCAGUCAUGUCUACACCCUCACACACCACAUGUCCACACACACACACAGUCAUGUCUACACCCUCACACACCACAUGUCCACACACACACCCACAGUCAUGUCUACACCCUCACACACCACAUGUCCACACACACACCCACAGUCAUGUCUACACCCUCACACACCACAUGUCCACACACACACACCCACAGUCAUGUCUACACCCUCACACACCACAUGUCCACACACACACACAGUCAUGUCUACACCCUCACACACCACAUGUCCACACACACACCCACAGUCAUGUCUACACCCUCACACACCACAUGUCCACACACACACACUGUCAUGUCUACACCCUCACACACCACAUGUCCACACACACACCCACAGUCAUGUCUACACCCUCACACACCACAUGUCCACACACACACACUGUCAUGUCUACACCCUCACACACCACAUGUCCACACACACACAUCCACAGUCAUGUCUACACCCUCACACACAUGUCCACACACACACCCACAGUCAUGUCUACACCCUCACACACCACAUGUCCACACACACACACCGUCAUUCAUGUCUACACCCUCACACACCACAUGUCCACACACACACACCCACAGUCAUGUCUACACCCUCACACACCACAUGUCCACACACACACACAACCUUGCUGGCUGCUCUUCGAGGGCCAGGCACUCUGGGGCGCCUGCCACCAGGACACGUCCUCCUGCCCUUCCCUCAACAAAGGCAAGCACAGCAAGGCAGUCUGCCACCCCACGCCGUGUGCACAGCACACCAGGGAAAUCCACAAUACCGCGGAACGGUCUGUCUCAGACAAAUCUGUGCAGCAGAAACACAAACGCAACAUAAAACCACAGGCCGAGGCGCAUCGCCCCGUCCACAGCCACAGGCCCACGAGGCGCAUCGCCCCGUCCACAGCCACAGGCCCACGAGGCGCAUCGCCCCGUCCACAGCCACAGGCCCACGAGGCGCAUCGCCCCGUCCACAGCCACAGGCCCACGAGGCGCAUCGCCCCGCCCACAGCCACAGGCCCUCGAGGCGCAUCGCCCCGUCCACAGCACGUCUUGCACUGUCCGUUCCCCUUCCCCUGCCCCUGUUGGAGAAAGAUCCACAGGAGGAAACAAAGCUCAGCUUCUCCAAGGCUCACAGUUCUUCUGGAGACCAGAAAGCUGAAGGUGAACACAGCAAAACCACGGCCUCGGGAAGCACACACGGGGCCACCCAGGAGCUCGGCGAGCGUCAGCACCUGA